AUGAUUCAGGCUCAUAAGGCUGGCAAGGUACGCCACCAAUCAGCUGCAGUGACCGACAAACGAUUGGAGAUAAUGAAAGAGAUCAUUACAGGAAUCCGCGUGGUUAAGAUGUACGCCUGGGAAUGGAACUUCAGAGACCUUGUUGCCCAAAUAAGAAGAAAGGAAAUCUCACUGAUUCGUAUCCGAGGGUUCCUUGUCUCCAGUAUCUACGCCCUGUUCUUCUCUAGCUCAGCCAUGGCAGGAUUUAUUUCAGUCACAUCUCUGCUUUUUACAGAUGCUUCGCUGACGUCGUUUAAAGUCUUUACAUUGCUUACCCUUUUAACUAACAUAAAGAUGGUAAUCACGAUCUCUAUAGCAGAUUCAUUACGCUACAUUGCCGAUGCAAGAACUGCAUGCAGUAGGAUGCAGAACUUAAUAGAAACGAAAUCCAUGUUAAGACGCAAAAUGGAUUACCAAGAAUAUCGUUCUAAUUUAGAGGUUUACGUCAAAGGUAGAAAGUAUAAACCCCAAUUUAUUAGAAUUGAAAGCUUUCGAAAUGGAAAACCGGCAUUGCUUAGUGCUCAGAAACUGGAACAAGCAGGUCAGGACAUCAAUCCACUGGUAUCUCUUGAGAAUGUUACAUGUGUUUGGAGCCAUACGUCAGAGCUUCCUACUUUAGAUAAUGUGUCGUUGAAUGCUACUAAUGGACAACUUGUGGGCAUAACAGGGCCAGUUGGAAGCGGCAAAACAUCAUUGCUGAUGACCAUCUUGGGUGAAAUCCCAAUCUCCUCUGGUAAAAUGUCUUUUAUUGGAAAAAUGGCUUUUGUCUCCCAAACGCCAUGGGUCUAUUCUGGUACUGUGCGAGACAACAUCGUUUUUGGUAAAGAGUUCCAUGAGCAAAAGUACAAUAAGGUUAUCGAAGUCUGUGCCUUGAAGAAAGAUAUAGCAAGCUUUACGAAACGUGAUCUAACUGAGAUUGGACAACGUGGAGUGAUCCUAAGUGGUGGUCAGCGUGCACGAGUUAGUCUGGCACGCGCAAUCUACUCAGAUGCGCACAUCUACUUACUGGAUGAUCCACUUAGUGCAGUGGAUGCCAAAGUUGGUAAAUAUUUGUUUGAUAGAUGCAUUAAGGAUUUCUUAGACGGGCGGAUACGUAUUCUCGUCACACAUCAGUUACAGUUUCUGAAAGAAACAGACAGCAUUGUUGUUCUUCGGAAUGGCUCCGUUGUCUGUGAAGGAACAUACAGUCGUAUAGAAAAGGACAAGCAAGUUGCUUGUUGCUUUGUAUCUCAAGAAAAAAAAGAUUUCAAUGGCGAGCAAAACAAUAACGAGAGAUUUUCGGCAUUUAUUGAAGAUACCUUGAAAUCGAUGAAUUCCGCUAAAGAACACCAUGACAGGGUAGAUCUGGAAGAUGAAACGGAGGACAGAAUGGUUGGCACCAUUAAGUGGUGGUUGUACUGGAAAUACUUAAGAGCUGCACUCCCAAUGAUCCUGAUUGUUGGUCUUGCGGUUUUCUUCGCAAUUGUUCAGGUGUUCUUGAUAGCGCCCUUCUGGUGGCUGUCUCACAUGACUGAGAUGCCAUUUGGACAACAGAAGAGCUACACAACGCUUUUGGUGUACGGAUCCAUUGUUACGGGCUCCUUGCUUCUUACGCUAAUAUCCUCGUUCUGUUUCUACCUCGCUGCUCUAAAAGCUUCAGAAAACCUCCAUGACCAGAUGACAAAAGCAGUUAUGAAAGCACCAGUGCUAUUCUUUGACACUAAUCCGGCAGGUCGCAUCUUAAACCGUUUCUCUAAAGAUGUUGGGUGCAUGGACGAUAUCCUUCCAGGAGAAUUCCUUUUUGCCAUUCAGUUGUGUCUAUACUUUUUCAGUGCUACCAUACUUUCAGCAGUAGCAAAUGUGUGGCUUUUUAUCACUUGUACUCCGCUGACGCUUUUGUUUAUUUACUUGGCUAAGUAUUACUUGAGAUCCGCCCGAGAGAUUAGGAGACUUGAAGCGAUAACAUGCAGUCCAGUGUAUUCCCUUAUUGCUGAUAGCUUGGCAGGAUUGGAGAUAAUUCGAUCAUCAGAGAUGCAGGAAGAUUUCCUUCAGAAAUUUUACAAAUAUCAAGACAGAAACACAGCAGCCCUGGCAUUAUUGAAGGCUUCUAUAGUUUGGCUCGCGUUUAGAGGAAACCUAGUGAGUAACUUUCUUGUGACUUCCGUGUCAGCUGGAGCUUUGUUAGCAACGCAGAGUCCUGGUAAGUACUUGUCACUGGGAACUUUCCAUUCCAGCACAAAUUCCAGUCUGAAAUAGAAUACAGUUCCACGACGACAAGAGGCUUUUCCUUGGAUUCAUCUGAUCCUACAGGAGCCUUGUGAAAUAUAAAACAAUAAGUCAAGCUAGAACCAAACAUCAUCCUUCAGAAUUUUUCCGUUUGAUCUCUCUCAAAUUGGACAUCAC